AUGGAGCUGGCUUAUAUUUUUCCAUUUUCGUUGAUUGCGUUAGUUUUUUUUAUAUGGAAACUGUAUCGAUCAGGAUUUUUCGAUAAUAUUGAAGUUUCAAUCGUUGAAGAUCCUCCCUUUAUUUCAAAGUCUCUUACUGUUUAUUAUAAAUAUUGCAUUGGUCGUUACAAACGUGGAAGUGGUGUAUUAGUGGAAGUUGCUCGUUUGAUGCCUGGAGAAGCAACAACAUUCGGAAUUUAUUAUGAUGAUCCAGAAGAGACCAGGGAAGAACUAUUACAGUCGGCAGUUGGAGUAGUAUUUUGUGAGGAUGAUAGAAAUCUUUAUGAGGAUAAAUAUGGUGUACAAUUGACCAAUUGUGGUUACGACAAAUUGGUUAUACAACCAGUGCAACGAGCCGUUGUCGCACGACAAAGAUUUAAUGGAAUUUUUUCGACGUUUUCUCUCGAAAAUUUUUUAUAUCCAAAAUUGAAAACUUUUGUGAAGAUCCAUAAAUUGGAAAUAAAUUUGUUUGUUGAAUUCUAUAGUAAUGGAAAUGUUUAUGUGGUACUUCCACUCGAUCACCAAAAUGAAUUCUUUGUUCCGCAGUUGAUGACUAUGGAUGAACUAGAAACGAAAUUAGCUCGACGCAAGUGGGAUAGUGAUGUAGAAAGUGAUAGCCGAAGUGAUACAGAGCCUGAAGAAGAUCCAGGUAGUGAAGAAGAAGUGCGAAUUGCAAGUAGCAAUGUAAUUGAAUCGCAAGAUGACAAAAAAGUGCUUUAA